GGAUUCGACAACAUGACAAAUUAACUGCCGAAAUAGAAGGAAACUAACAAUCAUUCCCGAUUGCUAAACGUCUAAAUCGGCUGUCAAGACGAGUGCUCAAGGAUAUCACUCUAAAACUAUUUUGAAGUUCGUUUAAUCAUCCAGGGCACGCCGCUUGGUAACACGAAGUUAUGUUCUGACCAUACAACAGUACCCGUUGUAUAGUUUUAUUUUAUUUUUUGCGUUUCGAAGUAGAUUGUGCUGAUAAAGCACUGCGAAACAAGGGGACAACCAAAUAUAUUUAUUUUUUAUUUUUAUUGUUUUGCGCAAAAACAAUCUGAAGUGACUUUUCGUUGUGUCUCGGCUCAUUCGAGUGCUAUGAACAUAACAAAAGAAGCAAAUGAGCAAAAGUUUGAGAAUAUUCGAGUUAAACAAGAAAUACAAGCAGCUAUGAUGGAAAAUAUAUUCAGAUCGAAUCAAGCAAAUCCGCCACUGUUCAGUAUAGCAGCGUUAAGUGGAGAACGUGUGACGGAGCAAGAAAAUAUUUACAUGAAACAGCGUGAUGACUUUCAGGAUGAAAAUGCCGACGACAACGAAUAUUCUAAUGUGAAAGUUGACGUGGAGGAAAAUAGCAGCGACGAUAGUGAUAACAGCUCUUCGUCUGAUCGACAAAACGACGAUUUUGGAAUUAUAGGAGAAAGUUACGAGCAAAAAGGCCUCGAUGGGAAAACGAAAGUACGGAAACAAAAAGGUGAGAAAGUAGUGAGGUUAAACAUUAAUGCGAGAGAAAGAAGAAGAAUGCACGAUUUAAAUGAUGCUCUUGAUGAACUUCGUUCAGUGAUACCUUACGCACAUAGCCCUUCUGUACGAAAACUUUCAAAAAUAGCAACUUUAUUGCUGGCUAAGAAUUUCAUAUUAAUGCAAGCUAACGCUCUGGAGGAAAUGCGACGAGUUAUCGCAUACAGAAACAAUCCUUCGACCACCCCAUCUGUGUGUUUGGAGCCCUACUCAAGGUACCCAAACAUGCCAGGUUUGCAGGCUUUAACGGGGUUUCCGAGGAACAAUGGACGAAAGUUCUCCCCGACAUUCCAAAGGACAGGUGACAGUAGUGCAUUCAAGCGGAACUCGAAUGACAAAGUGUAGCAAUACAACGGACAACAGCUGCUGACAAAUGGACAGACCAGACGAAAGGCUCAUGUAUAUUUAUUUAAUAAUACAAGUGUAAAGUACUGCAUUUAAUAACAAAAUGAUCUUGCAUAUGAUCGUAUUUAUGUAAGAUGGAACUGCAAAAGAAAGAACGAUACUGUGGUAAGUUACAAUGAGAAAAUGUUGAAGGCUUCCACGAACUAUAUGUGUAAUAUAAGAGUGAACGCAACCAACCCAUAAACGGUAUAACAUAUUACAUUUAUCUAUUGCAGAAAAAGAUAUUGAAAUUUCAAUGUUGCCAGUGUAUAUUAUUUUUUAUGUAUCUCAUUAACUAAAUCCAAUAAACACAAC